GGAGCGGCGCCCUACGCCAGUCGUGCUGCCUGCCAGCUCCACGGCAACAGCGCGGGGGGAAAAUACCAGGAAUGGGAAUUCAAGAGGAAAUAAGAUCAGAACAAGGGGACAACUUCGUACUUAAAUCGGUUCAAGCUCAAGAGACGAGACGGUCCCGGAAACAAUGCUGACGGCUACAGCCUACGUUUAGCAGUAAGAUUGUUCGCAAAAUAAAAGAGGUCAAACAAAACAAAAAUGAGGGACGACGACCGCGGUGUCAAGGACGCCACUGAGCAGACGCCGCUCCUCGACGCCGCGGAAGCCGCCCCGAUCAACGAGAGAGCCGAACAUGUUCAGCACGACAGUGAGAACACCGAUGGCGAGGACAAGCCGUUACCCGUGUGGCAGAUCGUGGCCCUCUGCUACGCCCGCUGGGUCGAGCCCGUCGCCUUUUUCUCCAUCUUCCCCUACAUCAACCAGAUGGCCAAGGAGAACGGCCGGCUCGCCGACGCCGACGUGGGCUUCUACAGCGGCCUGAUCGAGUCGCUCUUCUCGUUCACCCAGAUGCUCGUCAUGAUCCUGUGGGGCAGGGCCGCCGACCGCUUCGGCCGCAAGCCCGUCCUGGUCUUCUCCCUCAUCGGCGUCUCGUGUGCCACGGCGCUCUUCGGCAUGGCCAAGACAAUCUCGCAGAUGAUCCUGUUCCGCUGCCUCGCCGGCGUCUUCGCCGGCACCAUCGUCACCAUCCGCACCAUGAUCUCGGAGCACAGCACCUCCAAGACGCAGGCCCGCGCCUUCUCCUGGUUCGCCUUCGCCGGCAACCUCGGUAUCCUGUUCGGCCCCCUGAUCGGGGGCUCCCUCGCCGACCCGGCCCGUCAGUACCCCGCCCUCUUCGGCAGCGUCCGCUUCUUCCACGACUACCCCUACGCCCUCUCGAGCUUGGCCGUGAGCGCCAUCGGUUUCUCCGCCGUCGCCGUCACCGCCCUCUUCGCCGAAGAAACGCUCCCAAAGUCUCUUGCCGCCGCUGGCCGCCGCGGCGCGACCACCGAGGAAUCCGCCGUUUCGAAGCCCGGCGCCCCCUCCAUUUGGGACCUGCUCAAGUCCCCCGGCGUGCCUAUCGUGCUCUACACGUAUGGAGUGAUUGCGCUGCUCGCACACUCCUACACGGCCAUCGUUCCCGUCUUCUGGUUCACCCCCGUCCGUCUGGGCGGCUUUGGCUUCUCCCCGCUGCAGAUCUCCCUCAUGCUGGGCUUGACCGGCUUCUCCCAGGCCGCCUGGAUCCUGCUCGCCUUCCCGCCGCUGCAGCACCGCAUCGGCACCAACGGCGUGCUGAGACUCUGCUCCGUCUGCUACCCCUUCUUCUUCGCCGUCUGUCCCAUGCUCAACGUCCUCCUGCGCGCGGACACGGCCGCGUCCAGGACGGCGUUCUGGAUCGUCGCCCCCGUCCUGCAAGGCUUCGGGUCCGGCAUCAGCAUGUCCUUCACGGCCAUCCAGCUGUCCGUCAACGACGUCUCCCCGAGCCCCCUGACGCUGGGCACCCUUAACGCCGUCGCGCUGUCCAUCACCAGCGGCUUGCGGGCCUUUUCGCCCGCCCUGUUUGCCGGCCUGUUUGCCGUCGGCGCGAGGACCCAGUUGCUGUGGGGGCAUGCCAUCUGGGUGCUGAUGGUUGCGAUGGCGCUCGUAUUCACCGUCAUCAGCCGGUUCCUGCCGGACUAUGACGAGCUGAAGAGGCAGAGAGAGGCGGCUGCGGAGCGGGAGACGGUAAGCUAGACAUGGCGCGGCAUUCUACGCGCCACAACCGCCAAGCAAAA